AUGCGUCCCAAGUCCAAGUACGCCCGCGUGUUCAAGGUUGCUCGCGCCUUGCGCAACUUGGACGUCUUGCGCGUCGGCUUCAGCAGUGACCCUACGAAAAUCACCAAUGGCACUUCUGCGUGGGAAGUCGUCUUGAGAAAGGGAGUAGCGUAUAAGAGCUCGGGCAAAGAAUACUGGAGAGGAAACGUUGUCAAUGAACAUUAUUGCUCAGAGGUCCAGACCUGGCAGGUACACCUUGUAGAAAGAAAAUUACAUGCAUCUAUGUUGGAUAGCUUUGGCACUAUCGAAUAUUUGGACGCCAAUCAGAAAAGCCUCAACGCUGCCUAUCAGGCCUUUUACGAAGUUGCAAUAACAGCCGUGGGAUAUCGUCCGAUGAGAGAAAACGAAUCCCCAAACGAAACCCCACCCGGUGAUGGUUAUUUCGUCUUGCCCCAGGCUCCGCAGAGAUCGUGGGCUACGACGAGGCCUGAAACGAAUCAAGUCCGCAACGGUUCUGCGGAGGUCAAUUUUGCUCCCUUCUUUGCUCGCUGGAGCGGCUUGCCUGUUCAAUGGAUAGCAACCAUGGUCGGUGCCGAGGACAUGCGACCCAUCGGCUGGGUCGCUAGACGUGUUGCAGCAGAUGCCAUAUCUUUCAUCAACACUGGAAAACAUUUCAGAACUGAAGAACAAGUUAAGGUUAUCAAUCAGUGUCUGGGGAAGACUCUACAAGCCCAUUUUCGUGAAGACUCUCCUGCCGACGUGAAAAUCGAUGUUUGA